UCGUUUUGACAGACCGUGGACUGAAAUUUUCAUGGGACAGUGAAAUAAGUGGCUGAGUUAUUUUUCAUUUUCCAUAUAAUUUCCUUUUGUUUUUGUCUUAACUUUUUCAUUUCGUUUUAAUUUGCAAUACAAUUUGUUUAAAUUUGCAAAAGAAGUGAAAUUUUGUUAAAAUGUUGGCGAGAACGUUAAUUGCGACGUUUUUGUGCGUCAUCGGUGUUGCCUCGGCAGAGAUCUCACCCGUAUUUCUAUGGGGAGCCAACAGUCCUGUGGUGCCAGCGCUGCAAACAAUAAAUACAGAUGAAUUUGGUAAAAUUAUUGCACCCUACCAAGCUGAUCACAUGAUUGUUGCUUUCCAAGAAGAAAAUUUGGCAAAUAGUGACUUUUUGUGUGCUAAUGAAAAAACAUCACAAUCGUGUUAUGCACAUUUGCAAGGCGUGCCCCAAAAAACUUUUUACGCUAAUGUUGAAAAUCCUAGUGACGCAUUACGUGCAAUUAGCAAGAAACAGGAAAAUAAUUAUGUGACUAAAACUGGUGAACUACAAACUCCAAUUAGCUGCGAAGCUGGAAAAGUAGUGCUUGUGAACUUUGAAAACUCAUUGGGCGAACGUGCUGCUGCACUCGAAUCACAUGAUGCUGCCAUAUCUGCUAUCACCAAGCUCACUAAAUGCCCCACUGUAUAUUUGUAUAUGUCAUCCCCAAAAACCGCUGCUGCUGCUGCUCAAAAACGUGUUCGACGUGAUGCCGCUCCUUCUGGUACUAUGUUCCGUAACUAUGCACAAUUUCUAAUAUUUUGGACUAAAUUGUCAUAUGUAAGCGGUAAUGGUAAUACAGCUGAGGAUAUUAUAAUUAACUCAAUGGAUAUUACUAACACCAGUUCAAGUAAAUUUAAUGUAAAUUUAAAAUCUAGUACAGCUAAAUCACUUACUUUUGACAUAACUCUAUCCGGUGGUUAUUUUUCUAUGAGUAAUCUUAAAUAUGAUAGUAACGGCUUUACAAUCAGAAAUGGUACACUUGAAGCUCCCACAGAUUUAUCUUAUUUCUGUGGUAAUGUGACAUUAAAUGGCACAACGUCUGGUUCUUUGAUAUGGAAUUCAUUGCAAUUUCAAGCACCCUUCGGCUCUACAAAGGAUACAAACUUUAUGUUUGGUGAUGCUUGGCAUUGUGUAGGCUUCUUCACACCAGGUAUACUAUCAGGUUUGUUUGUAGUGCUCAUAUUUUUAGCAAUUAUUUUUACUGGUGUCUGUUGGAUGAUGGACAUAAACACCAUGGAUCGUUUUGAUGAUCCAAAGGGUAAAACUAUUACUAUCAAUGCUGCUGCUGAAUAAUUGCACUCUGCAGUAACGAAUAUGUUCGCACAAUUCAUUCCUUUUAUCCGUUUAAUCAAUAUAAUAUUUUAAGUAGUUUUUUUCUUCCCGGAUAACUAAAUCGAAACAAAUUUUUAAUAUAAAUUGCUAUUUAAUCAAAUGUCCACUACAUUUAUACAAAGUUGGAAAUUUAAACUUACAUCGAAAUUCAUUAUUUGACCAGAUUUGUUUAAUGUUUUGCCCACAAUUUUCAUUUGUGCAACAUUCAGCAUCCUUCCUCAGCACUUAUGGAAAUUGCAGCCAAAACAAGAAAUUUGCUUCUUCUUCGUCGUAUAUUUAUUGAAAUCGUAAAUAUUUAUAAAUAUAGUUUUGUUUUUGGUUUCGGUCGUAUUCAGUAUUUUCUUAUUAUUUGCGAAAAAAAAUAUUUUUUGUUAAUAUUUUAUAAAGCCUCCCAAAGGCCUCUUGCAAAAGUCCUUCGUACAAUUUGAAACUAAAUUUAAAUAUUUUUGUUAAUAUUUACAUAUAUUGUCAUAUAAAUAAUUACUUUUAAGUAUGUUAAGUAUAUUAUGUCUUUCAGAAAAUUAUUAUUCAUUUUAUAAAAAGUAUUUAAUUAUUUAGUGACUUGUAUUUGUUUGCGUGUGUGUUAGUGUUUCCUGAAAGAGGGACACCGAGUUAAUUAUGUUAACAAUUUUUUGUUUAAAAUUAUCUAUAAAAAAUAAAUUUAUCUGAAAUAUGUAUAAUAUUAUAUGUUGUUUAUUAUUGUAAACUUAAAUAUUAAUUAAUUAAAAUAUCAAUGUUUAAAGACUCAAUAAAGUUAUUCACUUGUUUGUUAACAAUA